AUGGGAUCUAGAGCUUUUAACUUCUUUGAUGGGUUUCACAGACCGUUGCCCAUCCACGAGAUUCUUGGAAAUCAUCCUCUGGAGGAGGUGAGGCAAGCAACACUAUCACUGGGCAAAAUUGCAGCCCCAAUUGCAGCCACCACACUCCUCAUUUUCUCCUGGUCCGUUGUCUCCAUGCUCUUCCUGAGCCGCCUCGGCAAAACGGACUUGGCCGGUGGUUCGCUGGCACUAGCGUUUGCAAACAUCAUGGGCUACUCCGUUCUCAAGGGCUUGGCCAUGGGGAUGGAACCCAUUUGCUCCCAUGUGAUCGGGGCCAAGAAACCGUCCAUUCUCAUCCAGACCUAUCAAAAGACUCUCCUCUUUCUCCUCCUCAUUUGCAUUCCAAUCUCCCUCCUGUGGCUCAACAUGGAGCCUCUGUUCCUGAGACUCGGCCAAGGCGAAGGCGUCGUCGAAGCUGCCAGAGCUUGCAUGGUUUGCUUCGUUCCAGAGUUGUUCGCUCAAGUUCAUCUUCAGCCUCUGAGGCCCUUCCUUAGGACGCAAGAUUUGACGAAUCCCAUGACACUGGCUUGCCUAUUCACAGUUGUCUUACACCUCCCGAUCAACUAUCUUCUCGUGAUUUACAUGGACAUGAGGGCGAAAGGCGUCGCCCUGACUCUUGCCUGGAGCACAAUCAACACUGACUUGGGUCUGUUGACCUACCUAGUCAUAUUCAAGAAGACCCUAAAACCUUGGCAAGGAAGGGACAUCUUCCUCCGGAACCUCCGCGAGUGGAGAUGGAGGCCAUUGCUAACCCUAGCAGUGCCGAGCUGCGCAGCCUUGUGCUUGGAGUGGUGGUGGUGGUACGAUCUUCUGCCCUUGCUAUGCAGCUUCCUCAAAAACAACUCUAGUAGCAUCUCUGCAAUGGGGAUCAUGAUCCAAAUAGCAGGCUUAUUCUACACGCUCCCUUUUGCUCUAAGCUCGAGCCUCUCGACCAGUGGGGGUCAACCGUGCCAAGCCCAGGUUCUAUCCAUUGUAGGUAUCACUGCAUCGAUUAUUCUCAGUUUCCUCGCCUUCAUUUUCAUCAUUGCCAUGAAAUCAACUCUCGGCAGAAUGUAUACAAGCGAGCUGGAGAUUCUUAACUUAGUAUCCGCGGCACUUCCAAUCUUGGGGUUGUGUGAGCUUGCGGGUGCUCCUCAGACAGCUGUUUAUGGAGACCUAGCAGGGACGGCUCGCACUGAUCUGGGAGCGCGUGUAAAGCUAUUUUCGUUCUACUUCAUUGGAAUGCCGAAUGCUAUUCUAUUGGCCUUCAAGUGGGCGUUCGGUUUCAGGGGGCUCUGGUUCGGGCUGCUGGCAUCUCAGAUCUCUUGCAUUUCUAUGAUGGCCUAUACAUUGAUGGAUAUGGACUAGCAGCAAGCCAAAAGGACCGAGGAGCUGACAGAGGCUGCCGGAGACAAGAAUGAUUAA